GUAAUCCUUUCAAGCAAAGCCACUUAAUAUUCCAUCCUGCAGGCCGUAUUCUUCCCCCAAGAUAUAUUGUUUGUCUAUCUUGCACCAUGAUUCUGGGAGACUUCUCUGCUUGUAUAUUCAUGGAUGGCCAGGAGCUUCCAGAGUAUGAUAUCGUCGUUUCCAGUACGCCAACAGAGAACAGAAUAACGUGUUGGAUCGCGUCAACUGCAGGCAAGAAAUUUCAAGUCAGCGCGAAAUUUUUAGCCCGGCAGACCUCGGGAGCCUUAUUAACCGUCUUCGUUGACGGUAUUACCUGUCGUCCAUACGUCAUGCCUCCGGGCUGGACUGGUACACAGAACAUAACGCAUCUGAGCAAUAGUUAUGUUAAAAGAGAUUUCAUGUUCUCCCAACUUGAGCUUACUGAUGACGACUCAAUGCUCGAUGAUCGAAGCGCAAAUGAUAUAGGUCAAAUUAUGAUGGAGGUAGUGCAGGGGAAGUACACCAUGAAAGAACAAGUAAUGGGUUCCCAUAACGUGAACGACCGUACCCUUCGUGUGCGGGAAGGCAAGGUGCAUGAACGCGCCAAGAAGGCAUGCCCUCAUCGUGUUGUCUUCGGAGAAGAAGUACCCGAUCAAAGCCCAGUAUCAGCCUUCAAGAUUAUACCAGACAAUAGUCCAAAGACUGUCUUCGUAUUCAAGUACACGCGCUUGGACAUCCUGCAAGCAAUGGGAGUAGCACCACGUACAUCAAUCAUGGCAGACACAGAGGCAGAGAUGGAGGAUCAUGACGAUGACAAUGAAGUCAUGGAUGGGUCUGAUGAGUCCUUGCCCUCAGAUGAUGUCAAACCACUGGCAAGGAUUCGAGAGCUAGAGAUGGAGCUUCAGCGCUUGCGUGCACAAGUAGAAGAUCGGAAGCCCUCGCUUGUCAAGUUGGAACACGGGGGAUCGCGACGGAAACCCGCUGCUAUGGAGGUUAUUGAUCUCACUGAGGAUUAGCUUCUCUUUUCUUGGGUUCAGGUCCUCCGUUCUGAGGAACUCGAUUAUCUGCAAGAUGAAACACGCUACAUCAAUAGUUUCUGUGUGGUUCGAAAUCAUCAUCACUAUGAUGUAUGUAUGUACAUUGUAUAGGUGCAGAACUUUGAAAGUCUGUCGCCACGAGUCCUGACGUUACGCUUACGACUCGAAUAAUACUUUCUUGUACCGUUAGUACUACGCCUUGUUCUAUAACCACUGUAUAAUGACAUUCCAAGUCGUAUAUAGACUUCAUAUAAUAACAGCUCGCACUCCGAGGUUUCAGAAGUUCAAA